ACCAAUUUCUUGGGCGGAAGUCUGUGGCGCGCCAGGAGCUGGGCAGGAGCUAGGAGAAAUGGCGGUCCCGGGUUCCAACACCAUCUUACUCUUGGCCCUAACAAUCACAGUCAUCCAGGCCCUAACACCCAGCCAUUACCUCACCCAGCGUGAUGUUGAACGACUAAAAUCUUCUCUGAACCAGCCUUUCUCAAAUUUGGAAACUGCUUUCUACUCUAUCGUGGGACUCAGCAAACUUGGUGCACAAGUGCCUGAUGUAAAGCAAGCCUGUACCUUCAUCAAAUCCAAUCUAGAUCCCAACAGUCUUGACUCCCUUUUUUAUGCUGCACAGUCCAGCCAGGUCCUUUCAGGGUGUGAGAUUUCUAUUUCAAAUGAGACCAAAGAUCUGCUCCAUGCAGCUGUGAGUGAAGAUUCAUCAGUCUCUCAGAUCUACCAUGCAGUUGGAGCUCUCAAUGGUUUUGGCCUUCCUUUGGCAUCUCAAGAAGCACUCAGUGCUCUCACUGCCCGUCUUAGUAAGGAGGAAACCGUACUUGCAACUAUUCAAGCUUUACAGACAGCAUCAUACUUAUCUCAGCAAGCUGAUCUAAGAGGCAUUGUAGAGGAGAUUGAGGACCUCGUUGCUCGUUUAGAUGACCUGGGUGGAGUGUAUCUACAGUUUGAAGAAGGCUUAGAGCCCACAGCAUUAUUCGUUGCUGCUACCUACCAGCUCUCAGACCAUGUGGGAACAGAGCCACCCUUUAAGGAGGAUCAAGUUAUCCAGCUGGUGAAUGCAGUUUUCAGCAAAAAGAACUUUGACUCUCUCUCUGAAGCCUUCAGUGUUGCUGCUGCUGCUGCUGCAUUUUCUCAAAAUCGCUAUCAUCUGCCUCUUGUCAUUGUUGCUGAGGGUUCAGCUUCAGUGUCUCACCAGCAGCCUGUUCUCCGGCUGCAAGUUUCUAAUGUAAUGUCACAGCCAUUGGCUCAGGCUUCUGUCAUGCUAGAACGUGCUAAAUCUUCUUCUACUAAAAAUUCAGUCCUACAGCAGACUGCAUUUACUCCUUCAGGAGAUCAUUUUGAUCUAAACUUCAUGAAUGCCAAGCCUGCCAGUGGUUACUAUGACUUCUCUAUCAACAUUGAAGGUGAUAGCCGUUACAUUGCAAAUGUUGUGGAGCUCAAAGUUAAGGUCUCUACUGAAGUUGGCAUUACAAAUGUGGAUCUUUCAACUGUGGAUAAGGAUCAGAGCAUUGCACCCAAAACCACACGGGUGACCUACCCAGCUAAAGGAAAGGGCUCAUUCACCGUUGACAGCCACCAGAACUUUGCCUUGUCCUUCCAGCUGGUUGAUGUAAACACUGGUGCUGAGCUUACCCCUCAUCAGACUUUUGUCCGUCUCCACAACCAGAAAACUGGUCAAGAAGUGGUGUUUGUUGCUGAGCCAGAUAGCAAGAAUGUUUACAAGUUUGAACUGGAUACCUCUGAAAGAAAGAGUGAGUUUGACUCUGCCUCUGGUACUUACACCCUCUACUUGAUCAUUGGAGAUGCCACCCUGGAAAACCCAAUACUCUGGAAUGUGGCUGAUGUAGUCAUUAAAUUCCCUGAGGAAGACGCUCCCUCUACUAUCCUUUCCAAGAAUCUUUUCACUCCUAAACAGGAAAUUCAGCACUUGUUUCGAGAGCCAGAGAAGAGACCGCCCACCGUGGUGUCCAAUACUUUCACUGCCUUGAUCCUUUCUCCUUUGCUUUUGCUCUUCAUUUUGUGGAUUCGGCUUGGGGCCAACAUUUCCAACUUCACCUUUGCUCCCAGCACUAUUAUCUUUCACCUGGGACAUGCUGCUAUGCUUGGCCUCAUGUACGUCUACUGGACUCAACUCAACAUGUUCCAGACCCUGAAAUACUUGGCCAUCUUGGGAAGCAUCACAUUCCUGGCAGGCAACAGAAUGCUGGCCUACAAAGCAGUGAAGAGGAUCGCUGCAGAACAGAGCAGUAGAUUGGCAAAAUAUAGGACACUACGGGUCGAGAACGUCAAAGCAAAUCGUCAAUCCAAGGGAACAAUCAGGAGUCGGGGUCAGGUAACCAGCCCGGGGUCGGAGAUCCGGAGAGCAGGAUCUGGAGUGAAGCAGAGGCAGCAAACAGGAAGCGAGGACAGGAGCACAGGAGAUCAGGAUCAGGUCGCCAAGGCAACAUCAGGAACACUGGAGAGCGGAGUCGGGUUGCUAAGCCAAGAGCAACACAGUAGUAGUACCAGAAGGAAGAAGGAAAAUCUAAAAACUUAAAAGAAUGUUCCCUGGAAUAGAAGCCAAGGAACAAUUUACAUCCUGGAGAGUGGAACAUGGAACUAAUUUUUGUUUAAAACAAACAAAAAGUCCAGAAUCUUAUGGUUGUACUUUUGCUUGUCUUUUGUUUUUUCACUCUCCUGUUGAGCAACUUUCUGUGAGCCCGGAUAUUCAGUUCCUUUGGAAUUGUGGCCAUUAGCCAUCAAGAGGCUGUGACGGAUUUCUUAAGAAUCCCAGACGUUAAGUUUUGGAAUGUUUGAAAUCUAUAAUUAUUGUGAUUUGUAAUAAAGAAUCUGAUGAGAGGAA